AUGCUGCAGUCUCUGGCCAGUCUGGAGGCGUGGUUAGAGGCGGUGGAGCUGUCCAUCAGGCAGGCGUCUCUGGCUGGAGACCCCGAGUCCGUGAGCGUGGCGGAGCAAGAGAGCUGCCAGCUGGAGCAGGAGCUGGAGGCCAGACGUCUGGAGCUGCAGACCCUCAGACAGGAAGUAGAUCAUCUGAGCAGUCAAAGACAUCUUCACACUCAGCUGCUUCCUGCACGGCUGAAGGACGUGGAGAAGAAGUUCAGCAGUGUGCAGAUGGCACUGACCCAGCAGAGCUCAGAGCUGAAGGACACGCGGAUGCUCACGGAGUUCCUGGAGAAGCUGGAGCUCGAGGAAAGUCACUACAGCACCCUGGGACAGCCGCUGUGCAGUGAGCUUGACUCUGGAGCGUCUCUUCUGGGCUUGCCGGUGAGAGGACAUGAUGAGCCCCUGAUGGAAGCCAUUGGGAACCCUGUGAAGGAGCUCAGAGAAGCUGUUGAGAUGCUCAAUGACACGGCACGGGAGAGGGGCCGCUCGCAGUCACAUGACCAGAGCAUCCAGGAACUGCUCACCAGGCAUGCCAUGGUGUCAGCGCGCGUGGAGCAGUGUCUGCAGCGCUGUGCCGAACUCGCCGUAGAUGUGCUGGAGAUGGAGAGUGAGAUGGCUGUGAGAUGUGAGCCGGAUCGCUGCGGUCUGGAUGACCUGCAGGAGUACCAGGACCAGCUGGAG